GAAAUCGAUAGCAUCCGCCUAUCGGAAUCGAAGUGUUUUGCACGAACAUCGAACUUUAGCUCCGCUCCGGACACGCAGUAGCUAAAUAACAAACUCAUUACUAGUAUAUUACUGCCGCCGAUUUGCAAACGCGUACCGAUCCCGAUACCAGGCCAAUCGCACUCCCCAGUUCGAAUCAAGCAGGAAAAUACCGGAUAAUAAUUGGCAAAGAUGCAGAUCAAAGAAUUCCGUGUGACUUUGCCAUUGACUGUGGAAGAGUAUCAAGUUGCACAAUUAUUCUCGGUGGCCGAGGCGUCAAAGGAGAAUACGGGUGGCGGCGAGGGCAUCGAGGUGUUAAAAAACGAACCCUUCGAAGAUUUUCCCCUGCUGGGUGGCAAAUACAAUUCCGGUCAAUAUACAUAUAAGAUCUACCAUCUGCAAUCAAAAGUUCCAGCCUACAUAAGACUAUUGGCACCCAAGGGCUCAUUGGAGAUCCACGAGGAGGCAUGGAAUGCCUAUCCCUAUUGUCGAACGAUUAUCACGAAUCCUGGUUAUAUGGAUAAAAACUUUAAAAUAGACAUUUAUUCGCAACACAUAGAAAAUGACCUUGGCACUGUUGACAACGUGCACGAGCUGACGCCGGAUAAGCUGAAAGUGCGAGAGAUAGUGCACAUCGACAUUGCCAACGAUCCGGUGCUGCCCGCGGACUACAAGCCCGAUGAGGAUCCAACCACCUACCAGUCAAAGAAGACGGGCCGCGGUCCCCUGGUGGGAUCCGACUGGAAAAAGCAUGUUAAUCCUGUCAUGACCUGCUACAAGCUGGUCACGUGCGAGUUCAAAUGGUUCGGCCUGCAAACAAGAGUAGAGAAUUUCAUACAGAAAUCGGAGCGUCGCCUCUUUACAAACUUCCAUCGCCAAGUUUUCUGUUCAACCGAUCGCUGGUACGGUCUAACAAUGGAGGACAUUCGCGCCAUCGAGGACCAGACGAAGGAGGAGCUGGACAAGGCGCGGCAGGUGGGCGAGGUGCGGGGUAUGCGCGCGGAUGCCGAUUAAGUCUAGUAGAAAAUUGUAAACAAAAUAUGUGUAUGUAAAAAUCAGGCAAAACAAGAAAACAAAACUAAAAGGCAAAGAAAAGCAAAACAAAGCAAAACAGAUUAAUGAAAUUGAGAUAAAAUUGCAUAAAUAAAUUUACGAUAUAAACUAACACCAUGAAAACAAAAUGAAACAAAAUUAAAGCAAUGUGAAGCCACAGCAGCGUCAACUGAAACAAAGGCAAACUAAGCGAACACCAAGUGUACGGCAACCGCAGCAGCAAAGCUUAGUACUAGUGUAGCACACGACAACAAAUUAAAGAACCCGAGAAACGGUUGCAACCGCAGUAAGUUAGUUAAGUUCCUUCCACUGCACUGUAUGUAAAAUGUAACCAGGAUGCCGAACAACACAAAGGACAUCUGUUGACGACACUCUCCUCCACGCAUGGCCAGCACCACGUCUAAGACCAUUGUUUAAGUUGCAUUUUGUAAAUUGUGAAAUAAACCAAAUGACAGUUAAUGUAAAAAGUUAAACGCAAACAUCCGACCUGCAGGGGAGGGCAAGAGGUGGGAGAUAGGAGCAGUUUGAAUAUGUGAUUUUCUGAGAACAUGUAUGUAAAUAGGAGCCUAUGCAGGUCUUUGUCUAUUUGCAUUCAUUGGCUAUGCAUCUGUGGUCUGCAUGUGAUUUGCAUUUCAAAAAGUCAAUGUAUAACAAUCCAAUCCCAAGAUAACCACGAAUACGAGGAGAGUCUGGGGGGUCUUGGCCUGGAUUGACUUGGCAAACAGUUGCCUUUCAUGGGUUAGCUUGAAUGAUUUAUGAACCGCUUGCGAGUGGAGUUAGCUGUGAUCUACGAUUGCAUUACAGUCCAUCUGGCUGCGAAGAAUAACAACUUCAUAUUGUAAUGGGAAUUGCCCAAGAUUAUUUGUUAUUCCAUUUUCGAACAGUUUUCAAAGACACCAAACAACACUAGAUAACUGCCAAUAUCUGAAAUGCCCAAACAAGAGGAAUCCUUGAAUUAAACCACCUUAGAUACACCGCACUCUUCUGCUAUAGCCACAUAUCCUGAAAGUCGCCUCGUACUUUUUACUAUCUGCCUACGUAGUUCUGCUCAAACAAAGAAAUAGCUCUUGAAGUCUAUGUAAAAUUAAUGAUCUAUCUAUGAAACGUCCAUUUUGAAGCUAUAACCUCUAUCAAAGCCAAAAAUAUUGAAAGCUUUUAACGUAAUCAAUCAUUAGUGAUGCUAUAUUUUCAUGAUCUUAAAACACACAAAUGAGCGAACAGGUGCCCAGUAGAAUGAGAAAUUAAACAGCAAGUGAAUUUAAUUGAACCUCAUAGGCUUAAAGCAGUCAGCUAGCACUAUAUGGUACUGGUAGUGGGGAUUGUAGAUGGGCUGGUUGGGAAAUCCGGGGGCUUUUAACAAGUAUUGCAUACGAAAUGGGGACAAGCAGCAUUUUAUUUUUAUAGCCAAUCGGUUCGAACACACAGACAUCCACUUAGCACACCGAAUGCAUCUGCAUCAGCACAAUACUAUACAUUUGUACAUACAUACAGAGAGGACACUUGAAGCUGGGGAGAGUACUUAAAAAAUAUAAUAUUGAUAAAAGUAUAAUGCGUUACGAGAUAUUCCAUAAAGUAUAAAUUGCAUCAAAUUGUUAUUUUCUGUGAGUUCUCGUUCCUUCCUUGUUCGUUUGUUGAUUGAAUUGGUUGGUUCCAUUAUUUAUUCAGCUAUCGUAUAUUACGCAAUGUGUGUGUGUGUGAAAUUUACAUUUACCAGAAAAAUAACUUUUUGCCAAGCAACGCUCUAAAUGUUUACUCGAAUUUACUUCAACUAAUUCGCAGGAUGUCGAAUGUCUAAAACGAAUGCUUACUUCCUACAAAGGACUAUUGCGAUUAAGUCGCUGGUAGGGGAAUGAGCGAAAAGCUCGGCGUGGUCGAGUUUAGAUUUUCUCAAACUUUAUUUGUAGCAAACUGUCGAGGGACUCAAACUUCAACAAUAACUCCUUUUAGGUCCCAUCAACCCCUACCAAUAUCUCAUUCGAAAGGCACACAUCUAGAAGGAACACCAAAAUUUAGGCAUUAAAAUAAAAUAUACACAACAAUUUAGACAAAUUAUAAAGAUAGAAUCUCUCAUUAAACGAAAGGCAAACGAAGCCAGGAUCAAUAGAUCGACAUAAAAUAAAUUUCAAUAUUUGAAAUACUUCGCGUUCAAUUUUUCUCGUAUGAAAGACCCAAUUAAAAGCAAAAACUAUUUAAUUAAUGCUGUUAAUUAACGUAUAAUUUGACAACGUAAUACAGAUGAUAAUAAUAAUUAUAUAUAUAUACACCAUAAACGAUUUUUAAAAUAAGCUGAAUAAAAUUGAUAUAUGAGUAACACGUUAUAAGCUGUUAAAAGUAAAACGAAACCAAAUAAAACGGAUACAAAUUGUAUUGUAGUACUUAUUUUAAUUGAAGAAAAUAAAGCAUUAUUAAUUAUAUAUAAU